GGUAUACUUGAAUUAUUACACUUUAACCAUCAGUCGAAUACAGAAUAACACCCGUGAAACAUAAAACCAACUCGUCCAGCUUGCACCGAUGGAUUGUGGGUAUUGAGGUUGGAUUGUCACGCUUUGGAUCCAGCAUGGCAGCGAAGCAGAAAAGGAAAUUAGAAGACCUCAGUGUGGACGAGUUCCUGCUGUCAGGUGGGUUUGACUCUGCAGGUGAAUCUGAAGAAGAGAUUCCCAAAAAGAAUGGACUCAAUAAAAAGAACAAGAAGAAAGAUCUGAAAGCUGCAGACUCUAAACCUGUUUUGAAGAAGAUGGGUAAGGCCUCCGAGCACAAGGAGCAGCUGUCCAGGUUACAGAACAAAGAUCCCGAGUUCUUCAAAUUUCUGCAACAGAAUGACCAAACACUCCUGAACUUUGAUGACACAGACAGCUCUGAUGAUGAAGAUGAGAAAAAGUACCACAGAUUGCCAUCUGCAUUGGAGGAAGCCAGCUCUGGUGAUGAAGAGGAAGAUGAAGAUGAGGAGGGCCAGAAGGUUUCGAAGAAAUCCAAGAAGGCAGUGGAGACUAUCAAAGUCACAGAUAAAAUGAUCAAGGAGUGGAAGGCGGCCAUGAAGAAGGAACCCUCAGCUCGUCUCUUCAGAGAAGUCACCCAGGCCUUUAAGGCUGCCGUGGCUACAACCAAGGGUGAAGGAGGUGGUCAGUGUCGGUACAAAGUGGCCGACAGUUCAGUGUUCAAUGCAUUGGUCCUGUUCUGUAUCAGAGAUAUCUACGUUGCCCUACAGAGGAUGCUCAACCUGAAGCCAGAGAAAGACCAGAAAAAGCUGGUUCUCCCAUCGUCAAGUCAGAAGUGGCAGAAGAAUCUGAUCGACAUCAAGAUGUAUCUUGGUGGACUAGUUCAGCUUUUAUCCUGUUUGACGGAGUCUACAGUCAUCAGUGCCGUCUUGCGGCAUGCCAACCAGCUUGUACCAUAUUACCUCUGUCUGCCCAAACAGUGUCGUCACCUGAUUAAGCAACUGUUGAAGCAGUGGAGCACAGGGGAGGAGACGAGUCGGGUUCUUGCCUUCCUGGCCCUCAACAAAAUCUGCAGACACAAGCAGGAAACGUAUCUUAACCCUGUUGUCAAGCAAAUGUACAUUUCCUACGUACAAAACUGUAAGUUCACGUCUCCCAACGCGCUGCCCAUGAUCAACUUCAUGCAGCGAACUCUAACAGAGAUGUACUCGCUGGACACACAAGCCACUUACCAGCACGCCUUCAUCUACAUCCGACAGAUGGCCAUCCACCUUAGAAACGCCAUGACAAUGAAGAAAAAGGAGACGUACCAGUCGGUGUAUAACUGGCAAUAUAUCCACUGUCUGUACCUCUGGUGUCGGGUCCUCAGCACCCUGCACCCCAGUGAUGUCCUCCAGCCUCUAAUCUAUCCACUCUGUCAGGUCAUACUUGGCACCAUCAAACUGGUGCCCACAUCAAGAUAUUACCCUCUGAGGAUGCACUGUUGCAGAGCCCUCACGCUGCUGUCGAGCAGCACCAACACAUUUGUACCUGUUCUGCCUUUCCUGUUGGAGAUCUUCCAGCAGGUGGAAUUCAACAAGAAACCAGGGCGAAUGAGCAAGAAACCCAUCAACUUUGCAGUCAUCCUGAAGCUCAGCAAGGUCAACCUACUGGAGAAAGCCUACAAGGACGGUUUGAUCGACCAGCUUUAUGACUUGAUACUGGAAUACUUCCACACUCAGGCCAGCUCCAUCGGCUUCCCGGAGCUCGCCCUGCCCACCAUCAUUCAGCUGAAAGCAUUCCUGAAGGAAUGCAAAGUGGCCAAUUACUGCAAGCCGGUGCGCCAGCUGCUGGAGAAGGUACAGGAGAACAGCAGCCACAUCACAGGACGGAGACAGAAGGCCGCCUUCGGAGUGGCCGAUGCCACCGCUGUGGCAGCGUGGGAGAAGCAGAUCCAGCAGGAGGGGACACCCCUCAGCAGGUACUACAGCCAGUGGAAGAAGCUGAGGGAGAAGGAGAUCCAGCUGGAGAUCUCUGGCAAAGAAAGGAUGGAGGAUCUGGACCUCCCUGAGAUCAAACGCAGGAAGAUUCAGGACAAGAAGGUGGAGGACAAGAAGGAGUUCAAGGAUCUGUUCCAGUCCGACAGCAAUUCAGACGACGAUGAUGACACACUCAAAGUCAAAGGUGAAAGAGGCAGACGUGGCUCUGAUGAUGAUGAUGAUGAUGAUGAUGAACUUCUGUCUGACAUGAGUGACGACGAGGGGAUGGAUGGCAGAGACUCAGAUGAUGAGGACGACGAGGGAGAUGAUGAAAAGCCCUCCAAGGCUCCUCAGCCAAUGUCCUCCUCUGCUCUGAUAAAGCUGGCAGAGGGCGGCGAGGAUCUGGUGGAGGACCUGGAGCUGUCUGAUGACGACGACUGAGCAUCGCGGACUCGCGCUCACCUGAAAGAUGCUCUCAACUUUACCGACCAUCUAUAUGACAAAUAAUGUUGGACUUUCUAUUUCUAUUUUCUCACCUUUUGUAUUUGGUAUUACUUGACCUGUACAGUGCAGACUUGUUAAUGGUAUAAUUUUAUUAAGCAUUGAAACUGUAAGAGAAAAGAUGGAGUUCAAGAAUCCAGA